GUGGGGCCAGCCUCGCCCCAGGCGGCGCGAGAAGGCGACGACCCGGAGCGCACGCUGCACGGCGGCGCCCCGUCCUCGCCCGCCGGCGACGAGGAGGAGGGCCUGCGGAGGCAGAUCGAGGACGGCGCUGCACCGCGCCCGCCCGACGAG